GCCACCAGGGCUGCUGCCCAGCUGCCGAGUGUGUGCCUGGACAAGCAGGAUGCUCCACAUGAGUCACGGCCAAGGACUCCCUCGGAAGGCUGGUUUUAGCUCCAGCAACUCACUGAGACCUCGGCAAAGAUUGUUCAUAACUUUUUUUGCUAUGCAGUACCUCUGAGAUCAUCAUCAACUUGUGCGCUUUUAUUUCUUGGAUGCACAGUGGAUUAUUGUGCUUUUGGCUGAGUCGGCUCUUCACUGUCCUCAAGGCAAAGCACUUCAGUAUUUUUGUUCAACAAAAGCACAGGACUAAAACGUUUUAUUUUAUUAAGCUCUCCCUGCUACAAGGAACAUUUCACUUCAGUUUUUAGUGGCUGGGCUCUGUCGCCGGAAAUGACUGUAGUGGCUGCAGUUCCUCAUAGCCUGAGCACAGAACUGCCUUCUAGCUUUGUUGCACCGAGGAAACGCUUCAUAGCAUGCGGUGGCUUUUUGCACUGGGAAGCAUGCAGAACCCAAGUGCACAUGAAAACACGGACUUGCAGCCCAGGGUGCCUCACGAGGAGCAGAAUUAUGGAGCUACUGCAGCACGUGUGAGACGAGGUCCACAAGUGCCAGUGUCAAGGAACAGGCCAGCAAAGAGAGAUUACCUGAUAGUUGGUGUGCUGUGCUACGCAAACCUAAUAAAUUUCAUGGAUUGGUUUAUUGUACCAGGGAUCCUGUUAGAUAUACAGAAAUACUUUGAACUUGGUGACGGGGCUGUAGGCCUACUGCAAACAGUUUUCAUCUUGUGUUACAUGCUGGCUGCUCCCUUCUUUGGAUACCUUGGUGACAGAUACAACAGGAAAGUCAUCCUUGGAGCUGGUAUUUUCUUCUGGUCUGCUGUAACUUUAGGAACUUCAUUCAUCAGUGAAUCACAUUGCUGGAUAUUCUUUCUUUCACGAGGGCUGGUUGGCAUUGGCACAGCCAGUUAUUCCACAGUAGCUCCUACCAUCAUUGCAGAUCGGUUUGAUGAGGGAAAAAGGACCACAAUGUUGUCUGUCUUCUAUAUCUGCAUUCCAGUGGGAAGUGGUCUUGGUUAUGUCCUGGCAUCCAGCAUGGCACAUGUCACAGGGGACUGGCACUGGGCCUUCAGGGUCACUCCUUGCAUGGGAGGUUUAGCUCUGGUUCUUCUGAUUCUGCUGGUCCCUCACAGGAUCCAGAGAAGGACAGAGGCACACAGAGCACUGAGCAUCCAUGGCUCUUUACGAGUAGCAGCCGAAAAACCUGGUGCACAGGGAGCUGCCAAGACUUCCUGGUGUCAAGAUGUCACAUCACUUGGCAAGAAUUGGAGCUUUGUCUGGUCCUCGCUGGGUCUCACUGCCAUGGCCUUCGUCACUGGAGCGCUGGGGCUGUGGGUGCCGAUGUUCCUUUACAGGGCUCAGGUUGCCCUGGGCAUUGUGCAGCAGUGCCUGGAAAAGUCCUGUGACUCAUCUAACAGCCUAAUAUUUGGAGGCAUCACCAUUGGGACGGGAAUCCUGGGUGUCAUUGCUGGGGCAGAAGCUGCAAGAAGACUAAGGAAAACCAGCAGCAGAGCUGAUCCUCUGAUCUGUGCCACAAGCAUGUUUGUUUCUUCUCUGUGCCUCUACAUAGCAAUCAUGGUGGCCCAGAAGAACAUCCUUUCCACUUUUAUUUUUAUUGCAUUUGGAGAAUUGUUUUUAUCUGUCAACUGGGCUGUUGUGACAGACAUACUGUUGUACGUCGUGACACCGCGGCGGCAGUCUACAGCUAUUGCCCUGCAGAUCUUGGCGAGCCACUUGCUGGGAGACGCAGGCAGCCCCUACCUUAUUGGGAUGGUCUCCAAUGCUAUUCAAGCCAAGAAAGAUCAGUCAUUCCAGUGGAGUUUCUGCAGCCUGCAGUACAGCUUCAUCAUCUGUGUUUUUGUUGGUGUCUUUGGAGGAUUUUUUUUCCUCCUGACAUCUUUCUACAUCGAGGAAGAUCGUAAAGAAGCAGAGCAGCUUUGAUGUUCCUAUGUAUCCUUUAAACCUGUAUCUGAUUUUUUUUUCUGAUGUAUGCGAGCCAUGAUACUGACUCUGUAAAGCUAAAAUACAAACUUAUGUACUAUGGUAAUGCUACAAUAGUUUCUAUAAAUAAAAAAAAGCAAAAUCCCUCCAAA